AUGCAUUUAUUGUUAGAAACGAAGAUUAAUACAGAAAAAUCGUUUGAAAAAGUAUCUGGAAUGGAAAAAGAAGAUUUCAGAGAACCCGUUAUUAAUGAUGAAAUAGUAGCUAAAGCCGAAGUAGAAAAAACGAAUGAAAUUGUUGCACUUAACGAUACAGAUGGUUCAUGGAAAUUGGAUUUAGGUGAUGGUUUUCAUACACAAUGGAAAGAAAUUACAUCGUUAUUAACAUCCAGUGUUAAUGGAAAUUUUGAUGAAGCUCCGGCCCAUAGUGCCAAUCCAUCGAUAGACGAUACGAUUGAUAUUACAGAAGACAAAAUUUUCAUCAUUAGCCUUCUGGGUAAUACUUCAAGUGGGAAAAGUUUUGUCGCACGACAUUUACUCAAUGAGUCAGAUGACAAUGGUUUUGUCAACGGUCCAGUGUGUAUCGACGAAGCAGAAAAGAAGGGUGCCACGACAGUGAACAUCAACUGUUACUUGAAGAAAAGCAAGAACAAUCAUAAGACUAUUGUCUUAGAUUAUGAAGGUGAAAAGGGUUCUGGAUUUCCCUUGCUUCAUUUUGCCCAACGACGUUUGGCAUGUGUGUUACGAACAGCAGAGAGAGCUCAACAGCGUCGACAAGCAAUCACUGAUUAUUUUCCUAAGCUAGCCUACAUUCUGAGUAAUGUCGUCAUUCUAAUUGGCAAUGAUGAUCUUGCAUCGACUGAUUAUUUAACUCGUUGUCAUGAGUUCGCAUUGAAAGCGAACGAUGGAGUCAACCAAAUGGUCAAUCGACCGAUGCUGAUUAUUGUUCAAAAUAAAGGGUCCUUAGCUCAAUCAAAAAAUCACGAAGAGAUCACGAAAGAUUUUUUUGACAUUCAUGGACAGGAGGCAGCUGCUUUGGUACCGUUUUUUUCGGGUAUCAAAUGCUUUUGUCUACCACAUCGAGAGCAGUUACAACGGACUAGAAAAAGCAUCUUGGAUGGUCACGAAAUUUUUGAUCAACAGAUGGUAGACAUCAAAAAAUUAUUUUCAAGUAUUUGUGAUAGCAAUUCAGAGCAAUCGUUGACUCAUGCUCAAUGGUUAUAUCUACUUCGACGUGUCUUACCUAUAGUUCAAAGAGGCAAAUCAGUUUCAUUACAUACACUUCUCAGUGAAAUUGUUGCUCCUGAUAGUGAUCAAAUGAUCGAAAUAGGUCGUCGUUGUUUUUUGUAUAACUAUGACAUGAUGCCAAUUCAUUCACCUUCAUGGUUUGAUUAUUGCUGUCGCUUCGCUGUUCGCAUAGUGGCUCACUUUCUUGCGGUGCAAAAUUAUAAUCGACAAGAAUUAAUGUCGGAACGUGUAAUUAAUGAGCAAUUCGAUAAAGCCUUGGAAAAACUGUCGAAUAAACUCGAAGAAUUUCAGCCAUGUGAGGCACUGUACACUGGAAAAGGUCGUUCAUCGAAAAAUAACGAUGCUGUGUAUCCCAUUUAUUGUUAUCAACAUAAAGGCGCACACGAAGCUGGUCAUCGUACUUGUCAAUCGGUGUAUGGUUUGUCUCCAUGGAAAGAAUUCUUUGGCUGGGCUUCAGCAGAUGUCUGGUCAGGAGAAUUUGUAUCUUCGGCGGGAGCUAAAUAUAAAAAUACUAUUUUCUCGAAAAAUAUUGUUAACAACAUGUCAAACAUGGUAAAAGAUCUGGUAAUUAGUUUUAGACAAGAUCAAGAGGGUAUUUACGAUAUGUUUACUGAGUUAUUAAAUGAGGAAUUCCAGAGAAAACCUUCCGAAAUUUUGAGGCGCGUUUGCUUCUGCUCAAAAAACUCAACGCCGCUUCCAUACACUUCGCAUUUUCCUGAUAUCAACUGGGGACGUUCAAAAGUGCGCUGGCAGCAAUUAACCAGAAGAAGAUUAAUUCUGGGUUUCACGUCUUGUACUGAAUGUGAAGAGAGAUUUGAUGCUUCAUGGAGUAGAUUAAUAAGCAAUCAUCCAUCAUCAACUUCUCAAAAUAGCCAAAUAUCUACUAAAGGAAUGUCUGAAUGUGCCAUUUGUUUCGAUGGACGACGUGAUUUUCUCUUCGUUCCUUGCGGGCAUCGUGGUUGCUGUGAGAAGUGUGCUGAUGAGAUCUUUGAUGGGCAACGUUGUUGUCCGUUUUGUCGCGCUCCUAUUAGUGCAAAACAACGUGUGCAUGAUGUUUGA